AUGGAAUCCGCGCACAACGCCGUGCUUUUCCUUGGUUUGUCAGUUUUGGUUAAGGCUUGCUAUGGUCAUUCGCUGAUUCAGGUCCUAGUGGCUUGCGAUUGUGUGGUUCAAUGACUAGGGAAAUUCUCCGGACCUAAAUGGCAGAAAGUGCCGUUCCGAAAGGAAUAGUAGCAACUUCUGGUUCAUGGCUACGAUAUGCUGAGUCUACGUUCUGGGUGUUGUGAAUUGGUCGUUUUCAAAGUAAUGCAAGCAACCUUCGGAGGGUUUUCGAGACCCUCCGAGGGCGAACUCAACGGAGCUUACUCUAACCAAAACUCAUCGAAU